AUGGGUCCGCGACAAGGGUACAGCCAGGAGCAGCUGGACGCGUCGAGCACCGCGAUCCACCGCACAGGACCGGGGCCCGUCGAACCUGGCCCGGCGAAUACGCGAGCUGGUAACCAGCGGCGAGGCGAUAAGGGUAACCAGGCGUCGGCGACGAGUCGUCAGCGACGGCGGGUGGUGGAGGCGAGGAAAGAGGCGUGGAGUGCGGAGGACAGAGAGCAAUGGCGGGAGAGGGAGCGCGAGGAGCAGGAGUGGCGGGAGCAGGAGCAGACGCGGUUACUUGAGCUCCAGCAGCAGCAGAAGCGGAAGCAGACGGUGCAGAAGGGGCUGGGGCAGGCGAAGAAGGGACUGCUGGAGAAGCGGCGUGAGGUGAGCUUGAAGCAGCAGAAGCAGCAGAAGCAGCAGCUGCUGCUGUUGCUGCUGGAGAAGCAGAGAGCCAAUGGUGGCGUGGUGCCGCGUAAUCGCCUGAACAUAGGGCCCGCUGCUUCUGCUUCUGCUGCUGCGGCUGCUGCGGCUGCUGCUGCUGCUGGGUCAGUCCCGGCAGUGGAGGAUGGGGGUGACACAGCUACUCAACGCCCAGGAGGCCAUGGAGAAAGUGUUGUUGGGCUGCCCACGAUUCCACAGGGCGGUACAGAAGGGGGUUACGGCGGGGUUGGUAGUGGUGGUGGUGGUGGUGGUGGUGGUGGUGGUGGUGGUGGUGGUGGUGGUGGUGGUGGUGGUGGUGGUGGUGGUGGUGAUAGCGAGGAGGAUGAGGACGAGGAUGAGGAGGAUAAUUUCCACUUUCAGGAUGAGAGUCCCGAAACAGAAUUUGCUGCUGCUGCUGGAAACGGUGGUGCUGCAGCUGAUGACAGCAGUGGUGUUACUGCGGACGCUGCCGCAGCUGGUAAGCGCGAAAUCCAGCCUCCUACGUCCACUGUUCAACCUGCGUGUGCGUCAGGGUUAGGACCUAUCUCUCUGAGGGAGUUAGAGCAGGGGGACCUGUACCAGCCACCGCCAGAGCACGUGAUGCGCGCCAUCAGCAGCUCUAGUCUCAAACCCCACAGCCCCCAUAGCCCUCACAGUCCACAUGCCGGCCGUGCAUUCCAAGGUAGCCCCAAGGGUCAUGCUGGUCCCGCCAUGGCACGGCUAUCCAGCCCCAGGGACGCUAGAAAUCCCAAGGGGCCGUCUCCACUCGUGCACAGCCCCUCCGGGCCAUGUGGUGGUGGUGCUGGUGCCAGGACACAGCUUGCGUCGCGUGCUGCUGCUGCUGCUGACGCCUUCCCCAAGUCAGGCUCGCUUUCCAGGCUGGAGACAGCUGCUCUGAGGGCCAGGAGAGGCGCAGCAGCAGCUGCAGCAGCAGCGAGGACAGGUUCGGGAGCAGGUUCGGCAACAGGUCCGGGGGCACGGGUUAGGUUCAAGGGAGAACCGGCGGCGGGUGAAGCUGGAAUGAGGACAGUUGUUGGGCGGGGGUUUGGUGCUGCAGGGGAUGCUGCUGUGACUCGAGAGUCUGGCAUGUUGGGCAGCAGUGAGGCAAAUGGCAAUGCAGCAAGGCCUGCAGCUGCAGCUGCAACUUGUGUGGGUGCGCCUCCCCUACAGCCUGCCUCGUCGUCCCUUCACGCGCCGGUGGGUCGUGAAACCAUCCCUCGCGCACACACUCAUGACCCAGUAGCAGGGAUGCAGCAGAGCUCUCUGCAUCUGCGAGACACCACAGCAGCAACAGCAGGUUCAGUGAAGGCAAUGGUGGGGGAGGGGAGCGGUAUGGCAGGGCUGUACCGGGCCCAAUCCUCCGAUCCGGCUAGCCUGAACACGAGCUGGCUGGCCAAGGAGUUUCUGCGAAGCAGCACGUGCCAUACAGAGCCCAAGGGGCUGGCUAUGGCGCUCAUGGGUGGUGGCCGCGGGCUGAGGGGUGGCGUGGGAGGGGCUGUGGGAGCGGAGUCGGGGAGGGGAGCCGGGGUGGGGAAGGGGAGGGGGAAAGGGCAGGGAAAGUCUGCUGGAGGGCGAUUGGCUAGCGGUGCUGGUGAGGGUAGCAGUGGUGGUGGUGGUGGUGGUGGUGGUGGUGGUGGUGCAGGUGGUAUCGGUGGUGGGAUAGGUGGUGGGCGGGCAGGUAGGCAGGGAAUGGUUGCAGUGGUGCAGGAGGAGAGGCUGGAGGGUGUGGUGGAGGGGGGAGGGGAAAGCAGCGCUAGUGACUGCGAGUCAAGGGGAAGGAGCGGUCAUUACGGCAGCAGCAGCUCCUCCCGCCCACAGGGAAGAGUCCGGCAAAGGGAAGAGGGCCACUAUCACCAGAGAGAUGCACCAGUAGUAGGAAUGGACGAGGGGGGGAGGGAUUUGUUCUGGUCACGAGACGGCUGUAACGACAGCUCGUUCGCCUCUAGAGAUGCAUCGAGGGACGAGGAGGGUUACCCGCCUCGGUUUUCCCACGGCGGCAGCAACAGGGGGCGUGGUCUAGGCAAGUCAGUAUCUUCUCCCAAGGCCAGGAUGGACGCCUACCCGGUCCCCUACCCUCAGCCGCUCUCUCCUGCGUCGGUUGCUGAUUCCAUGGUGGCAGUGGCAUCCGUUGGCUCUGCUGCCUCCUCCCCUUCCACGCCUGCUGCUGCAGCGGUAGCAGCAGGAGGAGUGCCAGGAGCGUUAAGGCUGGGUGGAGCACCGACAGCAGUAGUGACAGCAGCAGCGGCGGCCAUGUCUAGCCGGCUCGCCAGAGCGGUGCUCGAGGCAUCGAAUGGCGGCCCGUUGACAGGGAGAGCUGUCUCUGCGUCCCGAGCGCUGCUAGAAGCGGCUGUUUCCAAAUCCUUGUUGGAAACUGGUUCCCUACCCAUGCCCAUGGCCAUGCCCAUUCCCUUGUCGCCUUCCUCCCCCUCGUCCUCUGCUCCUUCUCCUUCUGCUCCUUCCCCUUCUGCUCCUUCCCCUUCUGCGCGUUCCCCAUCUGCUUUCUCUCCUUCCGCUCCCUCCCCAACUGCCGUUUCCCCUUCUGCUAGAAAACCCGUUUUCAGAAACAGAGCAAGGGCUGUGGGGCAGUCAACAGGGGUGGCAGAAGCAGGAGGGGCAUCGAAACCAGGGGCUUCGUUUGGUUCAGGGAGACAGAGCCCGUUCGGAGGUAGAGGAGGGCAGCUGCUGUGUGUUGAGAUAGGAGAGGGAGGCGUGGUACGCGUGGUGGGUGGCGGCAUGGUGGAGAAGGGUCAGAAGAGUGGGGUGAAGGUGGGGCGUGGAAGGAAAGUCUGUGGUGAGGAGGAUGGGGAGGAUGAGGGGGAUGGGAGGAGCAAGGGUGGUAUGGCAAGGGAGAGAGGUUAUGGGAAAGAUAGGGGCAGCAGUUGUGAUGAUUCAGAUGGAUUCGAUGAAAGUGAUAGCUGCAGUUAUAGCAGCGAUGAUGGUGCUGGUGGUGAUGUGGCAAAAGGUGCUCCGAUUGCAGGGGAUAGAAGGAGCAGACGCAGAAGCAGAAACAGAAACGGGGACGGGGAGGGGAACAGCAGUAGGGGUGGGACCAGUGAAAGGAGGGACUCUUGUCGCGGUCUAAGAGCAGAGGGAGCAGCAGGAGCAGCAGGAGUGGGAAGCGGGCGGGAAAGACGACACGGAGCGGGUGAGAAGAAGCGGGUGGGGGAGAAAGAGAAGGACAUGGUGAUCGGGUGGGCCAAGGCGCGGGAAUGGGACCCUUCUCGAAUGGACGGAGGGCCCAAGGUGGACAAAAAGCUGGCUCUGGCUGUACUGCUAGGCAAGCCAUUCGUGCCUGAGGAAGGGGGUGAUGAUGAGCGAGGCAUUGGGGCGAAAGGAGGGCGGGUUGGGAGUCUGGAGCGAGGGUGGAGCCUUGACCGGAGAGGGAGAGGCGGUGGGGGGAUAGGGGGUGGUGGGCGGAGAGGUGAGGGGGAUUUGGGGGAGGGGAGGAGUUGCAGUUUGGAGAGAGAGGAUGGGAGUGUGGGGGGGAGGGUGGUUGGGAGUGGGAGUGGGCGGAGGGGGAGACUGGUGGGACGGUUAAAGGCGGUUGGGGAGGAUGCGGAGGAAGGGGAGGGUGGCGAUGACAGUUCAGGCACGGGGGAGAGUAAGAAGGGAGGAGUAAGGGAGGAGGGAGGUGGAGGGGAGGAGAGUUUGGGUGGUAGCGGGGAGGGGAGAAGGGUGCGGAGGGAUGGUCGUGGGGACAAGGAGAGGGACAGAGACGAGAGUGGGAACGAGAGCGAGAACGAGAAUCGGCUUGAGAGUGGGAAAGAGAGUGAAAAGGAGAGUGCGAAGGGGUCUCGCAGGAGGAGCAUGGAAAGAAGAGGGGCAGAGGGCAAUGGAGGAACGGGGACGGGGGGGGGAAAUGGUGAUGGCGAUGGAGAGCAUGUGGGGAGGAGGAGGCGGAGGGUGCAGUUUAAGGAAAUGAGUUCCGGUGAUCGGUGGUCGUUCCCUCGCAGUGAGACCCAGGAUGAGGAGGACUAUGGGGUUUGUGAUGAUGGUUAUAACGAGUAUGAGGAUGAGGAUGAGGAUGAGGAGGAUGAGCAGGAGGAAGACGAGGAGGAAGAUGAGGAGGAAUUGGAAGCGGAAGAGUUUGAUGUGGUCACAGCAAGUGAAGAUGGUGAGGGGUAUGAGGACGAAGAGGAGGACAUUACAGAGGAGGAGGAGGAGAUGGAUGAGAAGGAAGAGAAGGAGGAGAAGGAGAUAGAGGAGAAGGAAGGGGAGGAGGAGAGGGUCGAAACUGACGAGAUAGGAAGGGCUGUAAAGGAGGGGCAAGGGCAACAGGCAGCAGCGCCGAAAGUAACCAGGGAGCAGUGGCUGGCUGUGGUGGAGGAGAGGAGGAGGAGGCUGAGAGAAGCAGGUGAGCGUGAAGGAGUGACACAGGAGGAGCGGAAUGUGGAGUGUGGUGGAGGGAGUGGGGGUGGAGAGGAGGAGUUGGUGGUUUUGCUGGAAGUGGGGAAGGAGGUGGUAGUGGGUAGAGUGGAGAAGAGUGCAAGGGAGAGUGUAGGAGGGGCGAGUGGGGGGGGCGCGAGUGUGGUGGGGAAGAGUGUUGGGGCGCGUGUGGGGAAGAAUGUGGUGAAAGGGAUGGGAGGAAGGGAGCUGGUGAGGAGUGAUGAUGAGGAGGACAGGGAGGAGGUGAAGGAGGAGGAGAAGAAUGAGGAGAAUGAGAAGGACAAGAAGAAGAAGGAGAAAGAAGAGAAGGAGGAGGACGAGGAGAGCGAGGUACAAGAGAGGGAAGAAUUGGGGGGAGGGAAGGGCGUGGGAGUGGGAGGAGCAAUAAGGGGUGGGAAAGAUAGUGUGUGUGUUAGUGCAGGUGAUGAUGUGUGUGUACUCCAAGUUGUAGCAACAGAGGACCGGGAGAAGAGAGGAGGAGAGCAGGGACAGGAGAGCACGGUGGUGAAUGAUACGUGGGAGGGCCGGCAGGGUGGCAAGGAGGAGGUGGGAGUUGGAUUUGGAGCGAGGAAGGAUGGGGAUGGUGUUGCUGAUGCGGGUGUGCUGGCUUGGCAGCAGUCGGAUGGGUCUAGUGAGGUGACAGAUGGGGAUGGGAAUGAGGUCGAGGUGAUUUUCUUCAGGAGAGAGGAUGGGGAGGAGAGCGAAGAGCGGGAAGAGGAGGAGUGUGGGGAAGAAGGCGAGGAUGAUUGGUCUGAUGAGGAGGAGGAGGAGGAGGAGGAGGAGCAGGGUGAGAUGGGAGCAGAGGAGGAGGUUGAAGAGGAUGCAGAAGGGGAAGGGACGGGAGAGGGGGAGGAAACGACGGGAGGAGGUCGUGACGCUGGGGUAGAUGAGAUUAUCUGUGACCCCAUGCGUGCUGGCAUGGUGCGCGGUAAUGCGGGUGAUGGUGUGGGUGAUGGUGUGGGUGAUGGUGUGGGUGAUGGUGUGGGUGAUGGUGUGGUUGAUGGUGCAGGUGAUGGUGUGCCCAGCAAUGGUGCUUGCAGUCGUGAGGUGGGUCAGUGCGAUGGUAUUGGCCGUGGGGGGGAGAUCGGUGGAGAGUGGAGUGGAAAGGUGGUUAGAAGGGAGAGUGGUGAGGAGGGGAGUUGUGGGGGGAGCAGUGGGGAGAGCGGUGGGGAGGGCAGUGGGGAGAAUUCUUUGCGGCAGGACACAUUGAGGCGGCGGGCGGUUGAGAGGUGGCGGCGGGUGCAGCAACAGGAGGGCGAGAAAGCAAUGCUGGCAGCAGAAGGGGGGUUGCGCCGGCGGAGUGAGGAGGGCACGGGGGGAGAUGGCAGCAACGGGGAGGAAAGCAAGGGGGAGGAAGGCCGCGGCGGGCCGAGAAUGGUUUUUGGAGCGCUCCUGAAAAGCAACACCCUUGGCACUAUUCGCAGGAAGCCCCCAAAGCCCAUGCCGUGCGCCGUGGAUGGGUCAGCAGCAGCACCGGCCUUCCCCUCGUCCUCCUCCACCUCCUCCACGCACUCCACCCACUCCCACUCCUCCAAACGCCCUGCCCCCAACGCACGCUCCCUCGCCGGCACUAUCCUCUCCUCCAUCAGCAGGUCAGUGUCCAUGCCCAAGAAUCUUGAUCUGGAUCACUCAAGCCAGCCGCACCACAUGCAAUUCCAGCUGGUCGAGCUGCAGCUGGCCACCGGCUCUUUUGACGCGGCCAAUCUGCUGGGCGAGGGAGCGUGUGGGCGGGUGUAUCGGGGCGUGCUGCCUCUACAGCCACGCCGCCAGGUGGCUGUUAAGGUGCUGCGCCGCACCGACAGAACCGCUGCUGCUGCUGCUGCUGCUGCUGCUGCUGCUGCCGCUGCCGCUGCUUCUUCUACUGCUGUUGCUUCUGGCGGUGCUGGUGGUGCCACUGGCGGUGGUUGUGACAGUGCUGCUGGCGCUGCUGCUCCUCCUGCUGUGGACACAGAUGCAGGGUUCAAGUGGGAGGUGGAGAAACUGGCAAGGCUGGAGCACAGAAACCUGGUGAGGGUGAUGGGGUGCUGUGUGACACCUUCCAAGCGCAUUCUAGUGCGCCACUACCUGCCGCACGGCUCCCUGCACGACCACUUGCACGGCCAUGCACAGAUGCCCGCACAAAUGCAUGCACGGAUGAAUCCACAGCGCCUGUCAUGGGAGCAGCGUCUCAGGGUAGCGCUGGGCACAGCAAGGGCCGUGCGCCACCUUCACUCCCAGAGGCCACAGGUACUGCAUGGCAACAUAAGGUCCUCCAACAUUCUCCUCACAGACACCUUUGACGCCAAGCUUGCUGAUUUCGGCUGUGCGUCGCUGUGCUAUGGCGCCACUGCUACUGCUUCUGCUGCUGCCGCGGCGGCGGCUGCUGCUGCUCAUGGCGCGUGUGGUGACGUAUACUCAGCACCAGAGCUGCUGCGAGGGGAGGCCACUGCUGCUUCGGAUGUCUACAGCUUCGGAGUGGUUCUUUUGGAGGUGCUAUCCGGGCGGCCGCCAGUGGUUGAGGGCAUCUGCACACUAGUGCACUGGGUGAGUGUGUGGUGGGUGGGUGGUUAG